AUGAUAGACCACAGCGUCAAGGACUAUACAUUUUCCAAUGAUGAUGGAUUAUUUCUAGAACGUCUUGAAGCUUUCAUGGACAAAUCUCUGGCUGAACUACGGGCCUUCGCAGAGAGAGAAGAGCGCCCUUUUGAGGAGAUGAGAUUCCGUUUUGUAGAAUGGCAUAGCAAGCAUCUUUUCAACAAUUUCGUCCCAUCUGCGUCCUGUCAAGUGGCCUUACAGGCUGAAAGAGCGACCCAAACUCGCAACAUUCUCGUCGAAGUUUCUCGCAUUCUAGAAUCGCUCUCUCAUAUCUGGGGAACACAGUCGUUCAUUCUAGCUGUUGAUCCCUAUUAUCCAGCAAAUGAAAGUUUUCUAGGGGGCACCACGGCAGGACGUGAGUUUUGGAGGGGGUUAAGACAUGGAGGGGAAACUGGUGCCAUGUCAUUCAAGCAAAAAUGCUUGAAAGCUGUUCAGAAUACCUUUUCACAAAGGAACUACGAUGAAUCGUCUAGCAAUACAGCCCCUACCCACGAGUUGGCGGACACCAGUGCCAGAAGUUCUAAACAGCAGCUUUCAACUGCAAGGGAGGUUAAAUCAGCUUUAUACGACGGCAUACGGAACUCUUUGAGGUCGGUCAGUGGUAUUCGCAACGCUGAGAUGAAAUGGACAAAUCAUGACCGGCUGUAUACAUACGGUGUUUCCUUGGUGGGAUGGCCGCCAGAUAUACCAGCCCAAAACCCCUCCUCGCUACACCUCGACCAGAACAAGCGGCUUCUAGACCUCCUACAGACUGGGACCAUUCGGUUCGAGAAGAUAAUCAUCGAUCCUUCAAACCCAGUGACAACUUCCAAUCAUCAAGGAUUCUCUUCGGAAGAAGAGGGGGAUUCUUUAUUUUCUUGGGCCCUCCAAGAUGACACCACUUUUCCAUCUGUCGAUGGAGCUGCGGUCAGACCUCCCAAGCGACCGCGCGUCGAUAAGUACUGA